GCGUCCGUGUAAUUGCUACAGUUUUUUGAUAAGAUAACCCAAAAGCUUUGUUUAACAUUUGUUGUCGAGGCAUCUACAUCAAGAUUUAUAAAUAAUGGCGGGAGUUGAAAACUAGCCGAACCUAAACCUAUCGUGAUUCAGAACCGCCCCUGUAUCUGCACACAUAAACAGGGCGUACGUUUUUGUAGGUUUGCGUAAACAAUGGGGGCGUUCUGAAACACCCAAUAGGAGAGGAUUGAGUGCAUCUGCAGGGCUUUUCCUUGCAUUUUAUUAGCUCUACGGAAGUCUUGAGCCCUGCCAGCAGCGUUUGGAGGUGUUUGACCUCGACUCUCUCUCUCUCACACACACACACCCUGUCCCUCUCUCUGAAGUCGAGCAAGAAGUCGGAGGCUCACCAUGGUUUGCUGUUAGUUUGGGUUUGGGUCGGGGCUCUGCAGCAAGGGGAUUUCAUGGUAGAGAGGGAGAGAGAUGGGGGAGAAGCAAUGGCCUUGUACGGGCCACGGCACGAAGGAGCAGCGGCAGAAGACGAAGCCCUAGAGGGAGAGGCAGUGCUAGUGGCAGCUGCUGCCGCAGGAGAGAAGGGCGAAGGAGAGACGGAUGGUGAGAUAGAAAGUGCCAGCGAAGAGGAUGCGAAGGAGAACGAGGAUGAAGCGGCAGAGAAGGAGAAGAAGGACAAGGAGGAGCUGGAAGAGUGGUCCGAGAUAAGGCUGGCCAUCGCGGAGCUCUCCCCGAUCAGCCACGGCAAGCUGUCGUCGUCACCUCCCACUCUACCCUUCCUCAGCAUCUCCCUGCUCCUCCUCCAGGUGCUCGAUAAGAUUGGUCCGACAAUGGCUGUGCUGCGGCUCGACGUCCAACGGAACAUCGAGAGGCUGCAGGAGUUAUACUUGCUGGACCCAUCUAAAUACUCCACUUUGACGGCGAUGGUGGAGAAAGAGGCCGAUGAGGGCACGGCAAGGAAGGCCGAUAGCUGUGCAAGAGCUGUACUGUGGCUCACUAGAUCCAUGGAUUUCACUGUUGCGCUGUUACAGAGACUGGAGGAUGAGGAGGGUUCUGAAAACCAGAGCCUUGCGCAGCUUGUAGAAGCUGCGUACAAGGUCUCUCUCAAGCCAUGGCAUGGCUGGAUUGCUUCGGCAGCAUCUAAGAUCGCAAUGAAGCUCAUCCCUGAGAGGAAGGUCUUUGUCGGAUGGCUUGUCGGGAAGGACCCGAGUCGCAGUGUUCUGAAGGACGAAAUCGAGAGGCUCAUCCCGCUGCUCCAGCCCUUCCUUGUCGACAUCCAUAACAUGCUGGCCAAGUUCAGACUGGACAGGCUGAAGUCGACAUGAAGGCGGAGCUAAAGAUGGUCUCAGUUUCCUGUGAAUACCACCUUGGUUUGUCUGUGUACAUAUUUGACUCUUUUGAGUUCCCCGUGUGCCUCACUCGGUAAAUAGGUCUUCUUGUAGGGUAGUAGAAUUUUAGAUUCGUAGUGACCUUGUGUACAGGUGCUGCCUAGGCAAUGUAUUUGACUAGUAUCUUUCUUAGAUUUAGUAAGUUCCACUUUUCA